CACGCUUUCUCCAGUUCCCAUCAGGUUCGAGAGCUCAAGGCGAACCGCGAAUUGCUUGCAACUCUCCUGAGCGAGGAUUCAUAGCUCUGAGCAUACCCACCCCCUCCACCUGUAACGGCUGAACACUAUCCCGCGAGCUCACUGUGGAGCACGAUUCGGUGUAAAGGUUAUCAAAGGAUGAGUGCGUAACGAGGAGAAACGAAGGCGGACAACCGACAAGUGAAAGAAAGCACUUCCUGCAUUGACUGAGACCCUGAAGUAAAGCAUCAAGAUGCCUAUCGCUACAAAUGUCUUGUCUGAGCACUCAAAGGCCAAAGUUCAACCUCUCUGCGGUCGACCGGACUACGCAAGUAUCACUCGGAAUCUGCUGGCUUUAUCACAGGAUGUCACUGCGCUCGCUGCUUUGUCAUACGAGGCAACCGCUUCAUUAGCGCAUGACAUAUAUCAGAGGCUGUUGUCUCGCAUUGGACUGAGUCAAGCUUUGGUCAAGUGCGAGGAAAUCCCAAGGUCCAAGACUCAACCUGAGGGGGCACGAGGAUUGGCAGUAGUAGUCCUCGGGUCAAGUCACGCCGGACAAACGCUCACUCUGAUGCUUGCCAAAUCUGGAUACACCGUCUUCCCCCUUGUGCCACUUCCGUCCCCCGAUUCACCUCCCACUUCUACGCCUCUUUCCUCCCUACUGCUCAAAUGGUCAAGUGUUCAGAAACGCCUCAAAGUAAAGGAUCCAAAUCAUCCCGGUGCUGUUGUACCGCUGAUCAUGGAUCCUUUGUCGGACAGCGAUGCACUCCGACAGCAUAGUGAAGGACGAUAUGUGCAUGCCGGCGAGACUAUCCGAGCGUACUGUCGCGAGAACAGGUUGAUCCUGGUCGCUGUAGUCUGUGCAGCGUCCUCUGCUCCUGCGACAAACAGCUAUGACAGAUCCCGUCAUGUGGCUCAAGUCCAGGCAUUCGGCAACGAAGGCUCACCCAAUCUUUCAGACGUUUUCACCAGUCCGCCCUACCUUUCACCUCGCUUGUUGCCCGAAGACAAGCCUAGUCUUCAGCAAUUGUACCAGCAGGAUCUGCAUGCCGAUAACAGGCCCCAUCCAUCGUUUCAUCCAGAUGACGAGCAUCACCUGUUCACGUUUUACCGCUCAACAGUUCUCGAGCCCCUCGCAGUCGUCCGGGAGCUAAGGGAUCAACUUUCCAGUACUGGUGAUCUUUCCAGAAGUAACGGCCGAGUCAUAUUCAUCAACGAAGGUCAUGCUGGAUCUUAUAAAGGUUGCGGCCUGGUCAAUCGAGUAAUUGACGCAGCCAGGUCAGAAGCUGCCCGAUGGCUACGGGAGCAAAUGCGAUUUGAAGGCAUUGAUGUCUGCGAAGUGAAGACGGGACCCCUUGCACCGCGACUCAAGACCAAAGGGGGAUAUCAUCUCCGCCACUCGAGUGAUGAAUCGACUGAGAGCGCGGGUGGCCAGAAAUUACAGUGGAUCGAGAAAGAUGGCGUACAUAGUGAUGUUGGUACGGCCGCUCAGGGCAUGGACGGGCAGAGCCCCGAGGCAAUCUACAACUCCCGUCUGGCGCUUAUCUCUCGUUUCUGGGCAGUCGACGACGCGCUUCUUUUCUCCGCCGUGAGGCGAGCGAUUGAAGAUCGACACCCUCGAUACAGACAUCACGCGGGGAUAUCACCAAUACUGGCAAGCAUAGGUGAAGUGACGCCGGGAUCUGGACUCGUCAAAAUGCUCGGGAGAUGGAUCUUGAGCCGAUUAUUGAUGCCUAAAGCCGGGCGGCGCAGCUCCAGCGUUUGAACGUCUUGUAAUUAGAGGAUACUGAUGACCGUUUAUGACCCAUUCACGAAGGCUUGUGAAGACAGCCACCUCUGUCACUCUGUAUUCUACCUGUCACUUGCUUAGAUUGUACUUGCACUUUGUACGCCAUGAUAUCACGAGACAGACUGAGAUGUAAAACA